AAUGACCAUCGAGUUUUUUAAUAAUUGGCCACACUUAUUUAAAUUUGUUGUUUUCUAAAAUUGAACGAAAUGUUUUUUAUAAACGUCUCCGGGGAGGAGGAAAAGUGUACCGAGGCCCAGCUGGACAUCUUGCUGAAGAUCAACACCGGCGAAUAUCGACUGGUUAAGAAAAACAAACGCAGCUCCGUUUGGAAUGUUUACCGAGAGAUUGCUCGCGCGGAUGGAUCCAAGCUCAAGUGGCGCUACUUCUGUCUUGGCUGUAAGCGGGUUAUGCAGUCCACUGGAGGCACAACCUCCAACCUGAGAAUCCACAAAUGCCACGUCCGGUAUCUGAAACAGAACGGCAAUGCGUUGUCUACUGGUCAACGGAAAUUUAGUUCCCGGAGACGGGAAUUGGGCGUUCAGCGUGAGGACUUCUGUCAGAUCCAAUCAGACACCAUAUCGGAGUGCGAGGACCUGAUCGAGGAUGCAGAAGAGACAGGCCUGGAGGAAGAUAACAUUGCUGAGGAAGAUUUGCAACUAGAAAUAAAUCAAGAAACAUCCUCCAAGUCUCGUCCCCUGCUGAAGCUAUUCUCAGAGGACUCCUGUUCUGAUAAACAGGAGCUGGAUGAGGAUCACAUCAAUGAGACUGGGUCUGAAGAGCAGCGAACCAUUGAAUUGGAUCACAAUCAGAUGCAACACCCAGCUACAGACUUCAAGCCAGAGACUCCCCCAUCCAGAAGCAACCAUGACUUCGACACCAGUGCCAUUGCCGAAGCCGAGUCGUACGCCAAAGCCUGGACUCACGCCUUCCUGCGUUUAAACGACGAGCAAAAGUUCUACGCCAAACGAUCCAUAGAUGAACUCCUUGUGCUGGGACGCUUGCAAAAGCUUAGCAUUUCAACAGUCACUUCCCUAUCCACAAACUUCUGAUGAGUUUUAGGUGGUUGUAGGUUUAAAGUUAAUAUAACUAGAUAUAAUUUGUACACCAUUUGUAAUCCCCAGUAAAGUUUUGAAUACCAAAAUA